AUGAAAAUCAUUUUCUUUUUUCUCUUUCUUUUACAUUUGCCUCAAUGUUUAGCUUUUAUGAAUCAAGUCAACAAAUUUUCAGAGAUUUCUCAUUGAAGAAUUCUCAACCCAAGCCAAGUUUCAAAAACUGCCGAAUACAAAAGUGGAGUGACCUACCCAAGGCUUCUCCAGCAGAACUCUUGCUUAUCAUACGACUCAUCAGGCAGCUGCAUCGAAUGUUAUGAAGAAAUAGCUAUUCAAGCCAAUAUUACACGCUCAAAAUCUUAUAACAGCACAAAUACUCAGUGUAAUAGUUGUAAUAACGAGAUAAAUUCAAACGUGACCAUUUCCUCUUCUUGCAGCCAAUGCAAUGAACAAAUCAGCGUAAAAGGGACGAUUCCUAGAAAACAAAAUACAACAUGCUGCUAUAAGGAUUAUAAUAAUGACGCCACACUAAAUUUUACAAUAAAUUCAUCAUGCAAUCAAUGUGAAAACAAUUCAACAAUAAAUGGAAUUUGCUGUUAUGGACAGUUUUAUAAUAAACAAUAUUUAAGAGAAUUAUAGAAAUUAAAUAGGGCUAUAAAUUAUUUUUUUAGAUAAAAUAAGACAGCAGAUUAUUAUAUAGGAAGCUAGCAUUAUUAAGCGCAGCUUAAUAGAACAGGAAAUUGUGAAUCAUGCCCAAACGAGUGUCCAAAUUGCAACAGUACGACUGGAGAAUGCAUUAAAAAUUCCACAAUUCUAUGUGGUGAUUUAUGUGAUGACUGCAAUGAAUCAUUAGGACUUUGUCAAUCAUGCAUAGAUGAUUCUAAGAUGCAUUCUUCUGGAAGCAACUGCGUGUGCAAUGAUGGGUAUUUUCUUGAUAACACAGUUUGCAAAGGAUGUGGAAAUAAUUGCAGUGUUUGUGAUAUAGGCGGAAAAAACACGAUGUGUUGUGAUGGGAAAUUUUAUAAUAAAACUUCUGAAGCUUGUGAGUCGUGCCCAAAUAGUUGCUUGAGCUGCAAAGAGCAAUUGGCAAUUAGUGGAGAAAUCAAAAUAAAAAAUCCUGUGUGCUGUGCUAAUGGGUUUUAUUUAAAUUCAUCUUCUGUAUGCGAUAAGUGUCCAAAUAACUGUAUGUUAUGCGAUAAAACAACAGGAGUGUGCCAAGAUUGUAAAGAGGACUUACGUAUAAGUGGGACAAUUCCUAUUAAAAACUCUACAUGUUGCAGUGAUGGGAGUUACCUAAAGGGGUCUUUUUGUGAGCCAUGCCCAAACAAUUGUAGAAACUGUAAUAAAACAACUGGAGAAUGCAUUGAACUUAAAUGUGGCAGUUUAUGCGCUGACUGUGAUAAAGAACUAGGACUUUGUAGACAGUGUAUUGAUGAGAUCAAAAUGCAAGUUUUUGGAAACAAUUGCAUUUGCGGUGAAGGAUAUUCUCUAAGUGAUAUCAUCUGUCAAGGAUGUGGAAAUAAUUGUAGUCUUUGCGAUAUAAAUGGAAAAAACAUGACAUGCUGUGAUGGAAAAUUUUAUAAUAAAACCUCUGCUGCUUGUGAGUCAUGUCCUAAUAGUUGCUUGAGCUGCAAUAUAACAGGAACAUGCAGUAAUUGUGACGAAGUAUUGACAGUUAGUGGAGAAAUCCAAAUCAAAAACCCUAUGUGCUGUGCUGAUGGAUUUUAUUUAAAUUCAUCUUCUGUAUGCGAUAAAUGUCCAAAUAACUGUAUAUUAUGCGAUAAAACAACAGGAGUGUGUCAAGACUGUGAAGAUGACUUAAGUAUAAUUGGGACAAUUUCUAUUAAAAACUCUACAUGUUGUAGUGAUGGGAAUUAUCUAAAUGGGUCUUUUUGUGAGCCAUGCCCUAACAAUUGUAAAAAUUGUAAUAAAACAACUGGAGAAUGUAUUGAAAAUAAAUGUGGGAGUUUAUGCACUGACUGCGAUAAAGAUCAAGGACUUUGUAGACGAUGCAUUGGUGAGAUCAAAAUGCAAGUUUUUGGAAACAAUUGUAUUUGCAGUGAAGGGUAUUUUCUAAAUGAUGCCAUCUGUCAAGGAUGUGGAAAUAAUUGUAGUCUUUGCGAUAUAAAUGGAAAAAACAUGACAUGCUGUGAUGGAAAAUUUUAUAAUAAAACCUCUAAUGCCUGUGAGUCGUGUCCUAAUAAUUGCUUGAGCUGCAAUAUAACAGGAACAUGCAGUAAUUGUGACGAAGUAUUGACGGUUAGUGGAGAAAUCCAAAUCAAAAACCCUAUGUGCUGUGCUGAUGGAUUUUAUUUAAAUUCAUCUUCUGUAUGCGAUAAAUGUCCAAAUAACUGUAUAUUAUGCGAUAAAACAACAGGAGUGUGUCAAGACUGUGAAGAUGACUUAAGUAUAAUUGGGGCAAUUUCUAUUAAAAACUCUACAUGUUGUAGUGAUGGGAAUUAUCUAAAUGGGUCUUUUUGUGAGCCAUGCCCUAACAAUUGUAAAAAUUGUAAUAAAACAACUGGAGAAUGUAUUGAAAAUAAAUGUGGGAGUUUAUGCACUGACUGCGAUAAAGAAUUAGGGCUUUGUAGACGAUGCAUUGAUGAGAUCAAAAUGCAAGUUUUUGGAAACAAUUGUAUUUGCAGUGAAGGGUAUUUUCUAAAUGAUGCCAUCUGUCAAGGAUGUGGAAAUAAUUGUAGUCUUUGCGAUAUAAAUGGAAAAAACACGACAUGCUGUGAUGGAAAAUUUUAUAAUAAAACCUCUGCUGCUUGUGAGUCGUGUCCUAAUAGUUGCUUGAGCUGCAAUAUAACAGGAACAUGCAGUAAUUGUGACGAAGUAUUGACAGUUAGUGGAGAAAUCCAAAUCAAAAACCCUAUGUGCUGUGCUGAUGGAUUUUAUUUAAAUUCAUCUUCUGUAUGCGAUAAAUGUCCAAAUAACUGUAUAUUAUGCGAUAAAACAACAGGAGUGUGUCAAGACUGUGAAGAUGACUUAAGUAUAAUUGGGACAAUUUCUAUUAAAAAUUCUGCAUGUUGCAGUGAUGGGAAUUAUCUAAAUGGGUCUUCUUGUGAGCCAUGCCCUAACAAUUGUAAAAAUUGUAAUAAAACAACUGGAGAAUGUAUUGAAAAUAAAUGUGGGAGUUUAUGCGCUGACUGCGAUAAAGAACUAGAGCUUUGUAGACGAUGCAUUGAUGAAAUCAAAAUGCAAGUUUUUGGAAACAAUUGUAUUUGCAGUGAAGGGUAUUUUCUUAAAGAAAACAAUGCUUGCCAAGGAUGUGGAAACAGUUGCUCUGUCUGUGAAAUUAAUGGUAAAAACACUACAUGUUGUGAUGGGAAAUUCUAUAAUAAUGGCUCUUGUGAGCCAUGCCCCACAAGCUGCUGUAAUAAAACAGAAGGCUGUGAAAACUGUGAUGAAGAAUUAACAAUUAGUGGAGAAAUUAAGCCUAAAAGCCCUACCUGUUGUUCUGACGGUUUUUAUUUUAAUUCAUUAACUUCAUUGUGUGAAAAGUGUCCAAACGGCUGUAUAUUAUGCGAUAAAACGACUGGUAUAUGUAAUGACUGUACAGAAGACAUAAAUGUAAGCGGGACAAUCCCUAUUAAAAACUCUACAUGCUGUGACGACGGGAGCUAUUUAAAUGGAUCUUCUUGUGAAUCAUGCCAUACUAAUUGUAAUUAUUGUGACAAACAAACUGGAGACUGCAUAACCUGCAAAGACAGAAUGUCUAAAGACCUAAAUGACCCAAAAAUCUGCACUUGUAUAGGAAACCAAACCUAUGAAUCAGUUUGUGUCUGCCCUUCAGGGACUUAUUUCGAUAGCUCUAAUUGUGUACUGUGCUCUGAUUUAUGCAGCAAGUGUGAUGAGUUUACAGGUGAAUGUCAAGGCUGUGUUGAUCCUAAAAUGGAAAUAGACCAAUUUAAUAAAAAAACUUGUAGAUGUAUUGGGGAUCAAAUAUAUAUUAAUGGUCAAUGUACUUGUCCUAGUGGAAAACAGUUUAAUGGGAUUGAAUGUUCGCCCUGUGGAACAUUCUGCACUAGCUGCGAUUUAGUUGGAAAUACUUGCAAUGAGUGUAUAAAUGAAAGAAUGAAGCCAAUUAGUAACUCAAUUACUUGUCAAUGCAAAGGAAACCAAAUAGCAACAGUUGAUAAUUGUAUUUGGCCAGUUAGACAAAUAAAAUAGUAUUCGGUUCGAGAGAAAUUAGCUCUGCUAAUUUUUAUCCCUCAUGGAAUUUUGAUUUCUCUUUACUCCCCCCCCCCCCUCCGUGAGCGAACAAAACCAUUAGAAAAAUCGCCAUUUUUGACCAAAAACCCACCCUCCGUGAGUGAACAAAAAUUCUUUUAAUAGAAAAAAUUUUUAAUGGAAAAAAAUUUUGAUAUAUAAGUGAUAAUUAGUAUAAUGAAAUCUAGAGCUAAUUCUGUUUAAUUUAAACAAAUUGCGUUUUAAAAACAUAAAUUUUGCAAAUUAAAUUAAUAUUUGCUUCCCAAUUUUUGCAAAUUAGGAUUUUUUUAAAUUUCGAAAAAAAAUAUUUUUUAUAAAAUUUAUAUAUAAAUUUUUUUUAAAAAAAAAAAUUAACCCCCCCUCCGUGAGUGAACAAAAUUUUUUUGUUCGCUCACGGAGGGGGGGGGGGAGAGUUAGAAAUUCUGCACAGCAGUAGCGCUUUAGCUUUGGGAUAACUAGAAGAACUGCUUCUCGGUACAUCAAAAUGCUCAGCAAUCCUAGCAGGGUGGCCAUUAGGUGGAGCAUUCGCAGGAGCAGAGCGAACUUUGGAUCCAAAAUACUCGUGAUAUAACCAUUUUGGCUCUGUCCCUUUAGUAGGAAUGUGGCGUUAGACGCCUUAAACACUUUAAUUAAUGUAAUAUAAUACAUUUGCCCAGCUGGAUAUUAUUUUGAUACCUUAAACUGUUUACCUUGUGGCAGCUUAUGCGCUGAAUGCUCAGAUUUGACUUGAAUUUGUAGCAAAUGCCAACAUAAUAUUACAAUGGAAGUGAGUUCUGAUAAUCUAAAAACUUGUAAAUGCAGAGGAAGCCAGCAAUAUGACAGUGUGUCACGCUCUUGCUACUGCCACAAAGGCUAUUUUGAUAACUCAACCUGUCAAGACUGUGGAAAUCUUUGUUCUACUUGUGAUGAAACCAAAUGUUUGCUCUGUGAAAGCAUUGAGCAUCUUGAAAUUGACCUGAGCAGCCCAAAAACCUGCCACUGUAAAAAUGGGUACAAUUGGAUUUCCUCAGAAAACUCUUGCCAGAAAUGCUCUCUUGGAACUUACUAUGACGGAUACAAAUGUAAUAACUGCCCAGAUAAUUGUAAAAACUGCACAGCUUCAGCUUGCCUCGACAACCCCACAAACUUAUGUGGCAGUUUAUGCUCUGACUGCAAUAACCAAUCCGGACUGUGUCAAAAAUGCAUAGAUGAGACCAGUAUGGAUAUUUAUGAGAACGACUGUAAAUGCAAAGCUGGGUAUUUUCUUGAUAAUGAUUUAAAAUGCAAAGAAUGUGGGACUAAUUGCAGCGCUUGCAACAAAAAUUCAUGUGAAAUAUGUGAUGGCCCUUGGAGAAUGACAAUUGACCCAGAAAAUAAUCUGAAUUGUUCAUGCAUAGGAAAUCAAACCCUGGCUGAUGGGCAAUGCAAAUGUGGGGAGGAUGAAUGGUUCAAUAGCUCAACCUGCCAAAAGUGUGGAUUUUUAUGUGAAAAAUGUGAAAAUGAGACUGGAAACUGCAUAAGCUGUAAAGGUGGGAUAGAAAUGGAGAUAAAAAAGGAUAAUAAGACUUGCAAAUGCAAGAAUGCUGGGGAUUUUUGGAAUGGAACAAGUUGUAUUGCUUGUGGCCAUUGAUGCUCCCAAUGUGAUGACUUCUCAGGAAAAUGCAGCAAUUGCAAAAAUCCAAGCACUAUGGAGCCUGACACCACUUCAUGCAAAUGCAAAGGAAUGCUCAUCCCAGACAAAACAGAUUCAUCAUGUAUUUGUGCUGAUAGAUACUACAAAAGUGGCACCAAUUGCAUCAGUUGCAGUGAUUCCAACUGUCAGGUCUGCACAGGUCCAGGCCAAUGCUCCUAUUGCAGUGAUAUAACUCUAUGGGUUGAUAACGGUAUGUGUAAGGCUUGCCCUCCAGGUAAAGUAUCAAAUAAAAAUGGGUUUAGCUGCAAUGACUGCUCAGUCAAUUAUAACUAUUGCAAAACUAUAGCAGGCUGCAACUGUCCAAACUGUCCAUGCUCUAGUGGGUAUUAUUCUAACAAUCUCCAAGACUACGACUGCAAUUCUAAAUGCUCAGAUGAAAACUGCGAUACCUGCACAGGCCCUGAGCAAUGCUGCAAAUGCAAAAAACUGACUGAUUACAUUGAUGGAUAUACUUGUAAAUCUUGCCCUGGGAAUAAAAAAUCAAAUAAUGAUGGGAGGACUUGUGAUAACUGCCAAAUAAGUGUUUAUGCAGAAGAUGGCUCAGUAAGCUGCAAAGAUUCGUGUGCCUAUCCUUUGUGUGAGAUGUGCAUUAAGAAAUCUGACUGUAAAGAUUGUGGGGAUAUAGAUAUAAAUGAAGACUUUCUGUGUUUUAAAAUUAGUUUACCAGAGGAAAAGUUUGUCAUUGGGGACUGAAGUAAAAAUUUUACUGUAACGAGCAACUGUCAGAGCUGUUUUUCGAGAAAAUUGAGUAAUGAUGAAAAUCACAGAGGUCUUAGUAUGCCUGAUAUUAGCAAAAUUAUAAAAAAUAAUAGCGAAAAUGGGGAUAUAGAAUUUGAAUGAAACUAUGGAAGUGAUAGCUCUAUUUUUAGAAUCAAACCGAGCCCUAGUUUUAAUUUGCAAUCACAAUUGAGCUUUUCUUUAAAUAUAAGCGAUUCCAGCUAUAAGUGGUCAAUAACCCCUACCUCUGACAGUUUUUCUAAAAAAAUUUCAGAAAAAUCGCUUGAAUGAGUACAUAUUUCUGUGUAUGAAGAAUUGUGCUCUAAGAAACAUUUUUUGGUUUACCAAUUUAAACUGAUUAGACAGCAAGCAUAGCUAUCAGCAAAUUUGAAAGUCAAUAUUGUGUUUGCUAACAAAAAAUUCCCUUGUUCUCUCACGGAGAGGGGCUAAUUUUUUUGAUAAUUAUACAAAAUUUAUAGUAAUUUUUUUUUUCGAAAUUAAAAAAAUCCCAAUUUCGCAAAAAUUGUAAAGCAAAUAUUUAUUUAUUUGCAAUCUGUUUAAAAUUAAACAAUAAUUAGCUAGAGAUUCCAUUAAUAAUAAUUAUCUUUUAGAUAUCAAUUUUUUUUUUCAUCAAAAUUUUUAUGUUAAAUUUCUUUUUUGUUCACUCACGGAGGGUGGAUUUUUAGGCAGAAAUUAGGGAUUUUUUCAAUGAUUUUGGAAUUAGUGCUUAUUCUUGGUAAAUCGGUAUAUAAUAUAUGGAAAAUUUGGGAAGUUUUCUGUGAAUAUAUCAAACAUAGUACUAAAUCCAAUUUUAAGUAGCUGCAAUGCUAUUUUUGACGAUUUAACUUUAUCAGAAAUUGGUGGCGCCAUGGUAUCAUGCUCAAUUGAUAAAUCGACCUAUCAGACAUUAGAAGUCAUCAUGGACGGCUCUAAAACUCUCCCUCCUACACUAACCUUUAAAAAUAACGUAUUUUUGGAAAAUUUGAACGACACCUCAGGAAAUCUCCGAUAUUUAACAUUUGAUGUCCCUAGCCCUGAACGGCCAACAGCUAAAAUAAAAGCGCCAGGAGAGAUUUGCUGUGGAUGCAAUCUAAAACUUGAUGGCUCUGAAUCAGUGGUCUAUGGUGAUAAAACAACAUAUUUGUGGACUAUCAAGCAAAAAUACCAGCAGCAGCUAAAGGGUGCUGUUGUUAAUAUUCAAGCGGAUUGUAGUGGCGGUAAUUUAGAUUACAAUAUAGAGUUAUCUGUAACUGACGCAUGAAGCCAUACAAGCGAACCUUCUGAUAGAUGGACUGUAAAAACCAGUCAAAAUAAAUACACUGUUGAGCUGAUUACCCCAAGCAUUAUAUAUGUGAAUAAAACUGCAGAUUUUUCUGUCAAUUAUUAUUUUAGUGCAGAAAACUCAAAAAUUGUUCCUGACGUGACAUGAAAUUAUUAUCCAAAAAGCAACCAAGCUAAUAAAAAAUUAAUUACUGGUCAAAAAGAAAUAUCAGUUAUAUUUAAUGAAGAGGGCGAUUAUAAUAUUAUCGUUGCUAUAGGGUAUUCACCCUUUUAACUCUCCAUAUGGCUAAUUUAGCUUGUGAGAUAUCCAAUAGGCUUGAGAUAACCCCAAUGGAAAUCGAUCCGCAUUCUGUAGGUAUAUUAAUCCAAAUGAUCCUAAUUAUCAGGUCCAAACUCUAGAAAAACAAAUUACAGCUAAGCUUGACUUGCCAAAAAUAGUAGUCCAAGGUGUCAAUACCACGAUUAACGCAAAACGAAAAUUUCCAUUUUAUGCUAAACUUCUUUACAGUGACGGUUCUUCUGAUAAAAAAUAUAGUUUAUAUCUAAAAGACAUCUUCUGUGCAAAUGGCACAGUGACGAGGAACAUAUCCAAUAAUGGUGAAUUCUUCUACCAGCCAAAGGUUAAUGAUGAUUUUUGGUGCAACUUUACGAUCUGGGCAAACCCUAACUCAACAACUUCUCCAGGCAUCAUUGAAACUGCUUGCUAUUUUAAAGUCACGAAAGUAGAGGUUCCUGAAGUUUCUGUCUCUUAUCCACCUGAGUUUUACGACUGGUCAGACUGAAUUAGAUUUACCCCUUCGAUGCCAAAACAAGAAGGCUUAGAAUGCAAAUGAGUCCAAAAGUUGCCAAAAGACAAUAUAAUAAGCACAUCAACACCAACAAAUCAGUGUUCAUACUCUAUUGAACCAUUUGUACUUACACCUGGGGUCAGAUAUAGCUUUGCUAUAUACCUUUUCUUCUGACUAUAUCAUCCUAUUUUUAUUUAUUUAUUAGCUGUUAUUUAUAUAUUUUAAGCAUACAAGUAACUAAUAUAAGUGACAGUGACAAAAAUAUAGAAAUAGAGACUACCAGACUUGUAAACUGCCCUCCUCAGAAUGGGACAUUUUCAGUAACACCUUCUGAAGGAAUUGCUUUAAAAGACCAAUUUCAAAUAGAAUUCAAUAGCUGGCGAGAUCUUGAAAACAACACGCCUUUUUAUUAUCUUAAUCUUAAUUAUAGGUUGGCUCUGCCUAUUGGCAGCGUCCUCUCUAAGUAUCCCCUCGAGAGUUCAUGCACUUUGCGAUGCAGUCGGUCAAGCUGGGUCUGGUUGAGAUGGUUUUCCCCAGCGGGAAAGGUAUCGAAACCUCCUCCUUCGGCCCUGACGCCCAUGAGACAUCGAAGUCUUCACUCUUUUUCCUUACUCCCCCCUCCGUGAGCGAACAAAAAAUUCUUGUUCUCUCACAGAGAGGGUUAAUUUUUUUUUUAAAAAAAUUUAUAUAUAAAUUUUAUAGAAAUUUUUUUUUUCGAAAUUCGCAAAAAUUGGAAUGCAAAUAUUAAUUUAAUUUAUAAAAAUUUAUGUUUUAAAGCGCAAUUUGUUAAAAUUAAACAGUAUAACUCGAGAUUUUAUUAUAAUAAUUAUCACUUAUAUAUCAAAUUUUUUUAUUAAAACAAUUUUUGUUAGCUCACGGAGGGUGGGUUUUUGAACAAAAAAUAGGGAUCUUUCCAAUGGUUUUAUUCACUCACGGAGGGGGGGAGUUAGCUUCCUCCUUGAUUGCAGCUCCAGUGUUGAGUUGACGGUCUAUGGACUUCUGCAGCUGCUGCUGGGGCAGGACAAAGGUUAUCCACACAGAAACCAAAAAUAAAAUUUCUGGUCACUUUCAGUAAAGGGAAAAGUUCGAAGUCUGAGAGUUAACUCUCAAUUUCACGCUAGAGAUUGCCCAAUUGUUCUAGGCAUCGCCUUUAGACCUAGCUGGGCUUCCCCUUUCCAUCUCUUAUUUCCCUUUCCUACAAGGUAAAAUCCGAUCUUGAAAGCAGACUUCAGCUAGACUCCAAACACCUCAAGAAUUGCUUACCUAGUAUUGCUGCCCAUUUCUAGUUUUGCAAAAAAUUGAUAUAAUUAAAUAUCUGCUCAAAGCUGCAUGUCCUGGAGGCCAUGCCUUGGCCACGACGUCAUAUUUAAUUAUUCUCCAACUUUUUAUUAUCAAGUUUUGCAAGUGACGAAUGAUGGUGUUGUUGCAAUUACUCCUAAAACAACUCAAAACAAUUUCAAUAUUACCUUAGGCAAAGAAGGAAAGGUAAAGUUGCUAGGAAGAGUCUAUGACAGCCGCGGGACUUUUCAGAAUUCAAGCUUGACUAUAACUGUGAAUCCAAACCAGGAAAAUUCAAAUCUGCUUGGUGAAGCUAAUGCAUUAAAAAAAGAGAGUCUUAAACUUGGAGGCACUGUUUUUGUAUCCAAAAUGGUCGCUAUAGUCCAACUUACUUAUUCUAAUGAAACCGAUCAAAAUUCAACGCAAGAAGUUAUGAGCACUUUAAUAGGGGCCUUUAAUGAAUGGACUGAUAAAGAUGAGAUGAGCCUUUCUGAAGUUAAUACUGCUGUAGAUGUUCUAAGAGUUUUUGUUAACAAAUCUGAGUCUCUCAAUACUAAUUUAAUAGAAGAUAUUACAGGGAGCUUGAAAAAUGUUUUGUCUAAAGCAACGAAAAUCGACCAAGGAACCUUAACUCAAGGUAUAAAAGUAAUAGGCAUCAUAUCGAAUAGGACAGAAAGUCUAUCAAGCAGCGGAGAAAGCAAUAAAACUUCAGCAGAAACAUAUAUACAGGCACAGGAUAUUGUGAAAAAUUUGACUGAAAAAUAUCAAGUUGAUACUAAUGCAAAUGAGCCUCCAUAUGAUAUCCCAGGAGACUAUAUGAACAUAACCUUAAUUACCCUCCCCAAAAAUAAGACUUUUGAGCCUAAAAUCAAUUGAUCCAAAAACACCACAGUGCAAAUUUCUGUAGAUACAAAACAUGACAAUGACGACUCACGAUAUUUUAUUUACGUGCUGACCACUGCCUCAUUGAACCGAAGUGAGUCUUUUGUACAAAAAUCAAAUGAGGAACUCAGCAGCCCAGACUCUUGUUCAAUGUCAGAUGAUAUUGUCUUAUCUUGCUCGAUCUUAGAAGUUAAAAACACUUAUAAUUAUUCUGAACCUAAUAAUCCACAAUAUAUAAAAACUGCAAUAGCUAAAUCUUCUGAUGAUUUUUAUAAUCCAGGGGUAAAACCUGUUGAAGUGAGCUAUGUUAUGACAACGAUGAUAAGUCCAUUUGGAGACGGCGAUUUUAUAGAAUGUGCGACUUUGAAUGAAAAUAAUGGGCUUUUUAUUAAUAUAAAAUGCAAAACUAAGGUAAAUAAGGACCGUAGUGUUCAGUGUAUAUGUGAAGCUUCUGAUCUUUUAACGUUGUCCUAUAUACCUAAUAUAAUUAAGGAAGUAGUUAAAAGACAAAUCCCAUCUAUAAAACCAGAUAUUUACCUUGGCUUAGCAUGAAUAUCAAUUACUGUUUAUCUAUUAAAUACAGUUAUAUAUGUCAUCAUAUUUAUAGACAUGAGAAAACUUGAUAAGCUUACAAACAAAUUUCUUAAAAGAAAAAUAAGCUAUGUCCUCAAAGAAACAAAACAAGAUAUAAAAGAUAUUGCAGCUAGCAAUCAAGAUAUUGAAUAUGAGGAAUUUAUCGAAUUAUUAAAAGAAAACUACGAUAAUCAGAUUAAACGUCUAGAAAGCAUAUUAUCUGCUAAGCUUUUAGAUAAAGAAGAAAAGAAUUGGAUGCCGGAUUUAAUGGUUAAAAAUAGAAUUCUUAACUCCUCCCCAUCCUUGAUCGAACGACUCGCCAUCGUUCGAUCAAGGAUGGGGUUUAAAAAAAUUUUAUAUAUAUAAAAUAAAAAAUAUAUAUAUAUAUAUUUUUUUAUUUACUUUUAAAUAAGAGGGUUAAGAGUAUUUAAUAAUUAUUUUUACAGCAAAAAUUUGAAUUAAUUUCAUAAAAUACCAAUUUGUAAUAUUUUAUUUUAUUAGUUACCCCUUUUUAAACUGUGUAAAUUUAAUUUGUUCCUUAUUGAAUUAAAUUUUUUUUUUUUUAAUUUUAAAGAAUCUUAUUUUAUUAGAUUAUUGAGUUUUUAAGUCUAGGUUGAUGACUAAAUCACUUCGAAUGGUUGAUUCCGAAGCUUUCUGUCGUCUCAAAGUCUCUGAAAACAACUUCAUUAUGCACAUCUUCCCAAGUUUUUGUAACUAAUAUAUUUUUAUAUAAUUAAAAAAUUUGCAUGAUGUGAAAAUCGUUCGAUCAAGGAUGGAGUUAAUUUCCCCAAUUUUUAGGAAUUUUUACAGUCAAUCGUUCGAUUAAGGAUGGGGGGAGUAAACAAUUUAAAGAUUCUUGAAAGAAAAACCAAUUUAAAUUAAUAAAAGCAAAUAUACAAGAGCUAAUGGACAAGAAGGAUCUACAUUUUAUAGAAAAUAUAAACAAAAUAAAAAGUCGCGGAUCUUGCUUAAAAAUAUGAUACUUUAUUAGAGGAAUUUUUAUAUCAGAUCAUACAAAGCUAGAAAUAAUUGCCGCUAUAGAAAAUAAUUGCAGUUACAAAUUCAAAAAAAUUUGUAAAAAGCUCUAUAAACGGAUAAUGAAAUUGGUAGCUAAUAUUGAUACAGAAAACUUAAAUGAGCUCAGAGUUAUCGAAUUUAAAUAUAAUCCCCCUGAACCUGAAAAUAUCCAUAUAAAAAUAUUCGACUAUGAUACAAACUCUUAUGCAAAUUUAAUGGAUUUCUUAAAUAAGAAUAUAACACACAAUUUAGAUGGAAAAAAUGAUUUUUAUCAUAAAUUUAUAAAAGAAAAUUUAAUUCUUGGGCUAGUUGGAUACACAGAUUUAAACUUCACAAGGACUGCUAGAUUUACAUUGCUGAUGGUAAAUGUUUUUAUGAACUGCUGGGUAUCAAUAUCGUUUUUCCAAGCUGAUGGCUGAUUUUAUACAACUGAAUUGGAAGAUUAUGGAGUUAAUUUAGUCAAAGUGUUGAUAGUCGCUAUAUCUAUGGCAAUUGGACUUAUUGUUGAUAUUAUUGGACAUUUUUUGCCAAAUAAUUAUCUUCAAGAAGAAAAUUUGAGUAAUGAAAAAUUUGUAAGUUGAAGGUCGAAAAUAGCUUAUAUAUUUAGCUGAAGUUUAAUGGUGUAUCUUGCCUAUAGUGCAUGCUUGAAUGGAAGCAAACUAAAAAGUGACCAGCAAAUUCAAUUAAUCCAGGCAAUUUUUAUUAAUUUGCUGAGCAAUCUUACAUUUUUAGGAUUGAUAAAGCCAGGGAUUAUUGCUGCGUUUCAGUCAGAAGCUGUAAGUCAAAAAUUCUCACUCCCAUCUUCCUCCCUAAGCGAACAAAAUAAUUUUGUUCGGGGUAAAUUUUUUUAAGACUUUUUUAGAAUGUUUUUCGCAAAAUUGAAAAGCAAAUUUUGAUUUAGUUGUAAAAUUUAUGUUUUAAAAUGCAAUUUAUGCAAAUUAAUUAGAAUAUAAACUAGACAUUUCAUUAUACUGAUUAUCAGUCAUAUAUCUUUUUUUCAUAAAUAUUUUUAUAUUAAUAAAUAUAUGUGUUCGGGUAGGUGGGUUUUUUUGGCAAAAAAUAGGGACUUUUCCAAUGGUUUUGUUUAUUCACGGAGGGGGGAGUUAGGAAUAAAGAAGAUUUUAUGUUUUUGUAAAAGAAAAGGGCCUGGAAUUGCACCAUUAGAAAGCUCUGAAACAGAAAGAUUUACUCAUGAUAAUAAUGUUUAA